AAAACAUCUCAGUACCUCUCAGAUAUUGGAAGAAAGAUGAAUAUCGUUCAUAUUGUAUUUGUAACCCUUUCUAUUAUUGUUGCGAAUGAAGCCAAGGUACUAAACAAAAAUGUAGAUACAUGCCAAGAGAUUCUGGGAGAUGAAUUGAUCGAAGAGAUAUGGGGCUACGAAAACGUUAAAGAUGAAAUCUUGAAAUACGUUAUAGACGGAGAUUUUAAACGAAAAACUUAUGAUGAAUUGGCGAAGUUCGUGGACAAGUUUGGAGCUCGUCCUUCGGGGACAGAAGUUCUUGAGAAAUCCAUUGAUUACAUGAUCGAUCUUACUCGAGAGGAAGGAUUGAAUGAUAUCGUCACCGAGGAACUGGAGGUGCCACGCUGGGAAAGAGGAGAAGAAAGAAUAACGAUGCUUGAGCCACGAGUUAAGGACAUUUCAGUUUUGGGUUUGGGUCGUAGUGUUAGCACACCGCCUGAGGGAAUCACAGCCGAAGUCAUUGUUUUCAAAAGUUUUGAUGAAUUAGAAAACACACCUGAUGAAAAGGUUGCAGGUAAAAUCGUCCUUUAUGCUCCUAUUUUCACGAAAUACGGUGAAACCAACAAAUACAGAACACAAGGAGCGACCAAAGCAUCGGCUAAAGGUGCUGUUGCAUCUCUAGUAAGAUCAAUUACACCUUUCUCAAUCAACACACCUCAUACUGGAUCUCAGACAUACGGCGAAGGUGUUAUACCCAUACCAACGGCGGCAAUUGCCAUAGAAGACGCUGAUUUGAUUUCAAGAAUUCACGCUAGAGGCGAAAAAGUUGUUUUACAUAUUAGAAUGUUCUCGAACUUAGAAACUAAAGUAUCCAGAAAUACUCUUAUUGAUUUAAAGGGAACUCAGAACCCUGAAAAGCUUGUUAUUGUUUCUGGACAUAUUGACAGCUGGGAUGUAGGCCAAGGUGCCAUGGAUGACGGUGGUGGUCUGUUCAUCAGCUGGGCAGCUCCUGUUAUAUUGAAACGCCUGAACUUGAUCCCUAAACGUACUGUGAGAGCUAUAUUUUGGACUGCCGAAGAGCUGGGAUUAAUUGGUGCUUACGCAUAUGAAAAGGCUCACAGGCACGAAAGUGAUAACAUUAACUUUAUCAUGGAAUCUGAUGAAGGCACCUUUGCUCCACUUGGUUUGGCAGUCGGUGGGAGCAAAAAAGCUCGUUGCAUUGUCGGAGAGGUUUUAAAACUGUUCAAAUCAAUCAAUGCAUCGACUCUUGUUGAAGAAGACGCUCCUGGAUCAGACAUUGGUAUAUUCACUGGUAACGGGAUACCAGGAGCUAGUCUUCACAAUGAUAAUGCAAAGUAUUUCUGGUUCCACCACACUGAGGGAGAUACUAUGAAUGUUGAAGACCCUGAUGAACUAGAUCUCGGUGCAGCCUUCUGGACAGCUGUCGCUUACAUCAUCGCUGAUCUUUCAGAAGAUAUCCCCCGGUAACCGUGCAAAUGCUAAAUAUGUCACUAUUCAUAUUUAUUUUAAGGAAAAGUGUGAUCAUAUGUUCAGUUAUCGAAAAUAAAUAAAGGUUAAAAUUGUUGAACUGGAUUCAGUUGA